AAAAGAAAUAAAACAGACACAGAACCAAAAAAAAAAAAGGAAGGAAGAAGAAGAAAACCCAAUAAGCAGCGCGAUCGAAGCUAAUAAAGACAGAAGAGCCAAAGCUUUCAGUUUAUAAAGGGCAAUACGAACAAACCCACGACGAAGCCGAUAAAUCAUUGUGUUUGGUCGGAAGAAGCUUACUUCUUCUUUUGUUCGGUCUUUUUGUCUGAAUUCUGGGUCAAUCCUCAGCCAAAAAAAAAAAAGUUUAUUCCUUUCAAUCCAAUCUCUUUCAACACUUGUUUCUCUGCUUCCAAAGCUUGGGUCCCGCUUCUCAUUCCCCCGCUUCCUCUCCACCUUCAUUAGGCAAUUCGAAUUCGUUGCUCUGUUCUCAAGCUCGAAUCUUUUUCUUUCUUUCUUUCUUCUCAAACCCCACUGAUCUGGAUUUGCUUCAGCUGUAAUUCUCAAAGUUCUUAGCUUUACGAAUUGGGCGUGGAAGAUAAAUGCUGGAUUGUUCUGCUCUGUUGCAGUUUCGUCUUCUUACCCGCUCGUGAGGUUUGGUGAGUUUGUUCCUCUGAGAGAUUGAUUUGGUAACUUUGAGCUCUAGGGUUUGUACUUUGUAGUAUUUCCUGAUACUGAAUCAGCCAAAGGUGGAGACUUUAAGGUUAUUAGUGACUGUGUGAGCUGGGUAGUAGUUGUUGAUGAUCUCUGUUCUCUAGGGUUUUGGUUUUGGGAGGAGAUGAGAUUUGGCUUUGCCAUUGUAUAGCUUUCAGCUAAUUCCUUGAGAUGCUCCUGGAUUUGAGUUUGAGAAGUUAUAAUAAGUUCAUGAGUUGGAUUUAUUGGUGUGAAGGAUAACUUGGGUGCAUCUUGUGCACUCCUCUGUUUGUUUCCAUCGGCUUUUGAGUUUUUAAGAAGAAGAAGAAGAAGAAGCAUAAAGAGAGAAGUAUGCAACGUCCUGAAGAUCCCAGGAUUGAUCUGUCUGAGCUGAAACUGCAUAUUGUGAAGAAAAUUGGGGUUGAGAGAUCUAGAAGGUAUUUUUAUUACUUGGGUAGGUUUCUGAGUCAGAAGCUUACCAAGAGUGAGUUUGAUAAGUCAUGUCACCGUCUUUUGGGAAGGGAGAAUCUUCCUCUACACAACAAGUUGAUUCACUCCAUCUUGAAGAAUGCAUCUCUUGCUAAAUCCCCACCACCAUCACUUCACAAAACCAAAGAUGGACCUGAGCAAAGCGGAUCUCUGAUUCCUAACCAUAAUAGGAAUGACCCGGUUUUGUCAAAUGGGGUGUUACACAAGGUUCGGUCAGGAACGUGUGGUGGGACAGCUAGAGAUAGGCCUAGUCCACUUGGGCCAAACGGAAAGGUUGAUAGUCUGUUGCCUCAGCCACUUUGUAGAGAAGAUAAAAGCGGUAAUAGAUAUAAGGAGAACGGGGACUUUGGUCCAUUUGCCUAUCAUAGACCAAGUCAAUAUUCUGAUGGAAGAGGCACUGCAUUUCCUUGUCCUGCUGAAAAACUGAGUUUACCGGAUAAAGGUAAGGUCACAGCUCAAGUUAACAGAGAUGACAAAGCUCAAGUGGAGCGAGGUAGAUUGAGUCCUGUAAUGGCACCUCUAGGGAUUCCAUUCAGUGGGACCCGCAGAACAGUUCCAGCUUCGACCAGGGCUGACAUCAUUACUUGCUAUGACAGUGGUGGAUUAUCAGAGACAGAGAUGCUGAGAAAGAGGAUGGAGAAUAUUGCAGUAGCACAGGGUCUCGGAGGGGUUUCAGCUGAGUGUUCUACUAUGUUAAAUAGCAUGCUGGACGUGUACCUGAAGAAACUGGUCAAGUCAUGCUUUGAUUUGUCUGGAGCAAGGUCCACGAAUGGGCAGCCUGGAAACCAAAAUUUGAACAAACUGCAGAGCCGAGACAAGAUUGUAAAUGGGGUGUGGCCGAGUAAUAGUUUGCAGUUACAAAGUAUAAACCAACCGUCUGACAUAAUGCAAGAACAGCGUCCUGUGUCUUUGCUUGACUUUAGAGUUGCAAUGGAGCUAAAUCCACAACAACUUGGCGAAGACUGGCCAUUGCUUCGGGAGAAGAUUCUCAUGCGUUCAUUUGAAGAACGAGAAGGGGUGUGAAGGAAAAUGUUUUGGGAUGUUGGAUGUUGCAAAUUGUCUGAGUAAGCUGCUCUGGUCCCAAAAAAAAAAAAAAAACUCUGGUUUUUGGUCCACUGACCUGAUGGCUCAGAGACACAUCUUCUGCAGCAGCAGACUCGGGGCCGGUUAGUAGAUACAAUGCAGCUAAGCCCAAAGAACCGUAUUUGAAGGCAAAAUACGUGUUGUUGUAAGACCAGCGGCCAUCUCCUCGAGUUUCAAGCUCUGUGUGUAACACGCAGGCUGCUUUGGGUUUUAGGUGGGAGCAAGGUAUGGACGUAAACUAGGAACCGUUUCAGAUGAUCCUGCCAAGUAAUAUUUGCACUUCCCAUCCAAUGCAACGUUAAUUGUUGGACUCUUUUGUUGGAAACCCUUGGCAAAUGUCUGCUGUUA